AUGCGGCUGUCUAAUUUAACGCCUCUGAACGUCUUUGUUCGAGGGUAUAAAAGUCGGACGCUCUCGAAAAGAGUGGCGCAGCCUGGGAAGGGCAAGACGGUGGUUGCAGGGCGGAAACCAGCUCGACCGUCUCGGUUCCCCCCCAAGUCUGCGCCGGCGCCUACUCAGCCUACCACUCUAGACAUGGGCAAGUUUGCCAGUUUGAAAGGUGUGCCUGCUGUUGAGCGGAAGACCCAUCGAAAUUUGCUGGAGAAGGUCACUGAUUUCGGCCAGCUGCGAAUUUCGUCAGAGAUCAGAGACAGCAUGCUCGGCAACCUUUUGAAGGAAGCGUCGGUGCCCACGCCGGUACAGAAAGUUGCCAUCAAAAGUCUGAGGGCACAGCGUAAGAACGAGUUUGGGUUCAAGUCAUGGCUGCUGGCAGCCGAGACGGGAUCAGGUAAAACUCUGGCGUACCUGUUGCCCAUUCUAUCCCAACUGUCGGAAAGCCCCCAAGAUGUCAAAGAAGCCCCGCAGGUGAGAUCCAUUGUGCUUGUGCCUACUCUUGAGCUGGUAUCUCAGGUAGCCAGCCAAGCGAGCGCCAUUGCACCAAACCUUCGCAUCCUGCCUGUUGACGUGAACUCACGGGCCAGCAGGCUUGCCAAACGCAUCACAAAGGGUGCAGACCUUAUUAUAGCCACACCCGAUAAAAUCAACGCGCUGGCGGAACAUGAGCCGGUGCUGGCUGAGAGAGCUUUAGCCGACUGUCGUUAUGUUGUUGUCGACGAGGCGGAUUCGCUGAUGAAUGAGUCGUUCAGCAGUACGACGUUACAUGUUUUGAAACGAUGUCCUCAGCUUAUUGAUGCUAUUUUCGUCACUGCAACUAUUCCUAGCCAUUUCGAUAAGGUGCUGCGGGAGGCGUUCCCGGAAACUAUCCGACUCGUGACUCCCAGUAUUCACCGGCUACCCCGUCACAUUGAAUUUAGAGUUAUUGAGGUUUUUAGACCUCCCUACCGUGACAACAAGGAGCUCGCACUCCAGCAGGCUCUUUACUCUAUUUAUCAUGACAAUGCCGAGCCAAACUUGCAAAAGCGGGUCAUGGUAUUUGUGAACAAAAAAGCGUCUGUGAAACCACUUGUAAAUAUGCUCAACUCUGCAGGCUAUCCUACUGUGGGGCUGGACGGCACGCUGCCUCCGAACGAACGGGCUGAAUUGCUGGAGGCAUUCGUAAACCCCCCCAAGGAGCGAACAAGCGACAAAGAUAAGCUCCACGUUAUGGUAGCUACGGAUCUUGUUGCGCGUGGAAUCGACAUGAAAAAGAUCAGAAACGUUAUUCUAUACGAUCUUCCGUGGUCCGCUGCUGACCUUCUUCAUCGAGCUGGCCGCACAGGGCGUCUAAACGCCGGCGGCCGCGUCCUCCUGUUUGUAUCGCGAACAGAAGCCAAAGGAUGGGUCAAGGGCCUUGAAAAGAUUGUAAAGCGAGGGCAGGCCCUGGCAUAA